AUGAAAAUGGCCAGCACUACACAGAUAUCCAAAGAUGAGCUAGAGGAACUCAGGGAGGCCUUUGCCAAAGUCGGUGAGUGUCUAUUAUGGCUUACAGCACCAUGAAUUAUGCAUCUGGGUGUCAGGAGUGGGUGCCUCUGCUCUGGGAGCAGCAAACUGGAUCCCACACUCUCUCCAGCGUGGUGUCUCUGUGUGCCAGGUUUGUUUGUGCUGCCUCCUAGUGGGUGAUCUUAGCCAAGCAGCCAGAUAAUAUACAGAACAGAGCCCAAAGUCUGAACUGAAAGGAACCAGUGCUAUUUAAAUGAUCAUAAAAAGAUGGAUAUAUUUAUUGAAAAUGUAUUUAAUAAUAAUAAUAAUAAUAAUAAUAAUAAUAAUAAUAAUUUGUUAUUUAACCCCCCCCCCCCCCACGAUCUGGGCGGCUCCCAACAGAAUUAAAAGCACAUGAGGUUGUGAUCCAGCAUUGUCCUGUAUUUUCCCCGCAACAUUAACCCAACAUAGCAGAAGCAGUGUUUCCUUCCAAGUAGACCUGGGUUGGUCUUGAGAUCUGCAAUGGAAGCCUUGCUACUGCUUUAAUGCCGCCCUCGUGAGAUUCAUGGGGGUGGGGGCAUGAGAGGGGCAUCUCUGCGGCACUCCCCAAGCUGCAAAUUGCCUUCCUUUUCUAAGGAGCCUGCGGCCUCAGCAUGGGAUGUGCUUUGGAAGUCAGGUCAAGAAGCACCUUUUGGGGAGAUGGAAGAUAAGAUCAGGCUGUCCCUCCUAUUGCAAUGUUGCUUUGGUUUGUGUUUGCUGUUUAUUCGAUUUCAUAGUGUUUAUGUAUUACUUGGUUUCCUUUCUGCGUUGAGCCAUAUGUAGCCUCACCCUGGGACCACAUGGUGAAGCACAGGCUACAAAUGCAUGCUUAUAUAUGAGUAUGUACACCUGCUUUCCCCAUUGUAUGGGAUGCACUCCUUAGUGGGGUGCCCCUGUCAUCAUCAUUAUGAACUCCCAGGAGUCAUUUGAAAACUUUCCUGUUUACCCCGGCAUUUGAUGGCUAAGAAAUACAGUUCCUGGCAACCCCAAGAUCAUUGUAUGAUAACUGUUUUUAGAAUGUUUUAACUGUUUAAGAAUGUUUUUUUAAAUAAAUACCUAAUUAAAUAAAUGUGGGUGUUGUGGGCUCAUUUGAGAGCAAGGGCAGAAUACAAAUUCAGUAAGCAAGCAAGCAAGCAAAUGAAUGAAUGAAUGAAUGAAUCUAUAUUUUGUGACUUAGAAGCAGCUUAGAACAACCUAAUAUCAAACAAUAAAACUCCACAAAAUUUUUCUCACAAGCCUUGUGUUUUUUUCUUUUGCAUUAAAGAUCUCAACAGCAAUGGAUUCAUCUGUGAUUAUGAGUUGCACGAACUCUUCAAAGAAGCCAACCUUCCCCUUCCUGGAUACAAAGUGAGGGAGAUCAUCCAGAAACUGAUGAUAGAUGGGGACAAGAACAAAGAUGGGAAGAUCAGCUUUGAAGAGUUCGUUUACGUAAGUAUCUAAAAAAACUCCCUCCUGCUAGUCCUCCGUGUCUCUUCCAGUCCUAGAACCUCGGUGCCUGCCUCUGUUGCAAGGCAGCCAGCCUUUUAUCUGUGAUGGUGAGGGGGCAUAGUGCCACACACAGCAGAGCUGAAUGGACUGAUCUGAAAUUUGGCAAGGUUUAAGAAUUUUAUUCCAUUUCUUAAAGGCCUUGAAACCUCUGGGCUUCUCUUUCCCAAACAACAAUGCCGUCCACCCCCAAGACCACUUGGGAAAACCUGAGGGAAUCUCAAAAGCAGUUUGUGGUGAGGUAUUUUGGCAGUCGGGGACUCUGCUAUCCAAAGACAAAAAUCUCCCCAGACUUCCUCCAGCCCUUUGACUCCUUUAGGUGUUCUAGUUGAUUCUGAUCUAAUAGCAUGCGAGGUGCUUACCUGCUGUGCUUUGGAGCUGCACCAACAAGCGCAGAAGACUUGUGUCAUCAUAUCUUUCAGGAGGGGUGAAUUUGCAGCCCACCACAUGUUGCUGAAUUACUGUUCCCACCCCCCAUCCCUGAUGUUUUUCUGUUCUGGCCCUGGCUGAUGGGAGCUAGAAUCUAGCAACAUCUGGGAGGCUGCUGGUUCUCUAGUCCUGAUCUCAGUUCUCCAAGUGCCAAGACAGGACCACCCAGGCAUAAGAGAGUACUAUCAGCAAGUUGUAUAGAAUCAUAGAAUUAUUGUUGGAAGGGGCUGUGUGGGUCAUCUAGUCUAUCCCCUGCAAUGUAGGAAUAUUUUGCCUGUUGUGGGACAUGACCCCAGAUAAGAGUCUCAUUCUCUACCAACUGCGCUAGUUUGUGGAAGCUCCAAAGUUUGUAGAAGUACCAUGAAAUAUUUAGGGGUGGGACCCUUGUGGGUGGGGGGGUGGGGAGACUCAAAAAAACAGCCCAAAUGCACACUUUGUUCAGUGGUCAUGAAAUGCUCACUGUUUGUUUCUUUGUUUGAUGGAUGGGGUAUCAUAAACCAUGUGCCAAGUGCACUAAAAUGGAGUACAGUCAUACCUUGGGUUGAAGUAGCUUCGGGUUGCGCUCCAUGGCGACCCGGAAGUGAUGGAGCGUGUUACUUCUGGGUUUCGCCGCUGGCUCAUGUGCAGACACUCAAAGUGACAUCACGCGCAUGUGCGGAAGCGGCGAAACACAACCUGUAGACACGCAGUUGUGUCUUACGUUUACUUCAGGAUGCGAAAAGGGUUCCAGAACAGAUCCUGUUCAUAUCCAAAGGUACCAAUGUAGCUGGAAUCCUGAACAGAAAAGACACUGCAAAAAUGUUUGUCUUGUGAGCUGGUUCUCACUGAGGUGGCAAACCCAGGUUGUGGUUGCAGCGUUUGAAACGUCUAUUAAGGGUUUUCCAGGAUUGGGUCUCCUUCAUACUGCGCAUUCUGCUCCACGUACACCUGAAUCCCCAUUUCCUACCUGCUGAAACUCCGUAUUAUUGAGGUUGGGUUUGGCAAAGCGCACAACCACAACCAGCCUCCAAGCUUCAAGUCUGACAUGGCGCACCUCAGCUACAGGCUUCAUAUGUCACUAAGAGCCUAUCACUGACUGCUCGUGUUUUAUUUGCGCAGAUCUUCCAAGAGGUGAAAAGCAGUGACAUCGCCAAGACUUUCAGAAAGGCCAUCAACAGAAAAGAAGGCAUCUGCGCUAUCGGUGGGACAUCUGAGCUCUCCAGCGAAGGCACCCAGCACUCCUACUCAGGUAGUCCCUGAAAUAAUCUUUUGGACUAAGUUGAAAUACAUUCCUGCAUCCUAUGCUACUGAGGUUUAUUUUCUCUGCCUCUUUUUUGUGCCCUUGAGGUGUAAAUUGGGUGCAGAGACGGCACUCCUAGGAAGACCCCAUCAGUUAUUUUCAGGCACCACCUCAAUUCCCUCCAUGCCGGUGAUGCAAAUCCCUAGCUCCAGCUGCAUCCUGGGACCCAUGUGCUCUGGCUGAAAUGAUGCACGGAGUCACACACCAUAGCAGUGUGGUGUAGCGGUUAGCAUGUUGGGACUAGUACAUUGGAGACCAGGGUUCAAAUCCCCACUCAGCCAUGCAGCUCACUGGGUGACCCUGGGGGCCAGGCCCUGCCUCUCAGCCUAACCUACCUCGCAGGGUGGUUGUGGUGAUUAAAUAAGGAGGGGAAGAACCAUGUAUCCCACCCUGAGCUCCUUGGGGGGAGAAACUAGGAUCUAAGUGCAACAAUUAAACAAUUGCCCGGCAACAGAUACUUAGGGGUGCUAUUGCCACCUACUGUGGAGGCAGAUCAUCGCUGUCAUGGUGAGUGGUCCUCUUUUAAAGCUCUCUAGAUUGGUGGCCAUCACUGCCUCCUGUGGGAGGGAGUUCCAUAGUUUAACAAGGCGCUGUGUGAAGAAGGACUUCCUUUUGUCUGUCCUGAAUCUUACAACAUUCAGCUGUGUUGGGUGUAACCAAUGUGGUGCCCUGUAGCUCCUGUCCUUCUGACCCUUGGCCAAGCUGGCUGGGACUGAUGGGAGUUGGAGUCCAACAACAUCUGGAGGCCACCAGGUUCCCCAGCUUUGCCAUAAGCUAUUACUGGAAUGCACUCCCUGUUGGGUGUGAGAGUCCAAGGAGGCCUGGUGGAGCCAGGGAUCUCACUGGGCCUUCUUCACCCAGUCAUGCUCUCUUGGCCUGACCCAGCUUGCCUCCCUGUGUUUUUGUGAGGAUGAAAGAGAGAGCCAUCCCAUCCGUGAUCUGUGGUAGAAACGUGAAGACUAAAUAAAUAAACAGAGGGUGGAAUGGAUCAAAACUCAAGAAUUCAAUUUGCAGUCAUGGUUCCCAAAGUGAUUGGUAGCGCUCCCUGGUGGGCAGUAAGAUCAGCUGGAGGUGUACUUUGGGGGAUUUGACCCCAGAUACCACUGGAUCAAAGUUCAGUUUCGUGGAACUAAUUAAAUGAAUCAAUUUAAUUGUAUUCCGAGUCAAUGUGCAAUUAAGCGUUACUGCUUUGAAUUUAUCUCCACGGCCUUAGUGGGUCUUGGAAGCUGCUAUUGUGAAUAAUUCUCUUAUCAAAGAUAGGGUGCACUGGGGAGGAGUUUUAUCUGAACAGUUCAGAUGGUCUCUGCAUAUGUGACACAGUUAAAAGUUGUGCAGAUUUGUGGGAGGCCUAUAGUUAAUUGCUUGAGCCCCAGGUGUUUUUUGGUGUUUCAUUGUGGAACACACAAACACCAAGGCCAUGAACUUCCUAUGGGUCAACCCCCACCUUCUGCAGUAUCUAAAGUGAUUAGAUGUGGGUGGGGGGAGCCUGUCCCAGGGUUUUCUGGUGCCUGAUGAUGCACUGAGUCCUCUUGUUUUGCUUGCCACCUGUGUGAACCCUAAACAUACAAUGAACUUGACAGUCUCCUUCUUCUUCAGAGGAAGAAAAAUAUGCCUUUGUGAACUGGAUAAACAAGGCUUUGGAAAACGAUCCGGACUGUAAGCAUGUCAUUCCAAUGAACCCAAAUACAGACGAUCUCUUCAAAGCCGUUGCAGAUGGGAUUGUGCUGUGGUGAGUUUUUUCUUUGGAGGGCUUUUGUUCUCCGGAGUUAUGGAUGCAAUUAGAAAGGUGCAGAAAGGGGAAAAUUGUAAUCUCCAGCUAAGUGACAUUCCUAUAUUAGCUUUGCUGUCGAUGUUUUAGAUUGUCACACUUCACAUGGGUAUCACACUUCCCUCCAAUAAUUUUAUUUUAUUUUUGCUCUUUAGUCUUUAUUCCAUUAUGUUUUCAGAGAACUCAGGGUGAUGUACAUAUUAUUAACCAUUCGUUUAAAGGAUUUUUUAUCCCACUCUUCAAUCAAAAAACUCCCCCAGAGCAGCUUAUCAAUUGCAACUUUAAAUAGCAAAAUGAACCAAAAAAUCAGUCUGUAUAAUUUAAUGGCACAAAAGGAAAGUGAAUUUGGAGGGAGAGGGAAAUAAGGAAACUCGGGUACAAGUUCUUAGUUACCAGCUGGGAUGGAAAAGCUCAAGGAGAGGUCAGUGUUCAGAGAGGUCAAGGAGAGGUCAGUGUUCCAGUGGAAGUGUGGACUCUCACAUACUAAAGCACACAUGAUUUUAUUCUUUAAAAAAGGAGGUCAGGCUGAGAAAGACUGAUUGACACAGCUAAUUGGGGAUUUGAACCUGAGUCUCCCUCAUCUACAUCUGCAGCACUGACUGCUCCCCAUUGACUUAGCAUAUAGCACCAGUGGCAAUGUUGAAACCAACUCUUGUAACUCUGUAUGUUAGUUCUUCCCUCCUGUCUAAAGUUCACAGUGUAUGGUUUAGGGUGUCCUGUUGGGUUUUGUGUAUGUGCUAUAGAAGUUCAGCCAAGUGGCUAAGCUCACCACAGGAAGAAAAAAACUGUGUAGCAGAGAUUGCUUUUACUCGGCCUACACAAACACAUGCACAAAAUAUGCACACGCUAUUUAAAGCUGCUACAGUAAAUUUUCUCUUUCUGAGCCCAGAGGGGUUCUUUGCUUGCCAAUUCCUUGCAGAGUCCACAAGGCAAAGGCAAAAUCUAGUUGCUAACAAAGUUCUGCAACUUCCAGAGUUCUCAGACGUUCUGAGUCUAGAGGUCUUGCACGUUGUCUGACGUCUGUCAGACGAACCCUUUAGAACAUCUUCCACAUUUUCACAGGCUUGUUCCAACAAUCUCCACGUUUCCCACAGAUUCUCCUGCACUCCCCAGCACUGCAGCUUGAGUCCUUUUCUGCCCUGUGCCUAGUGAUAGUUGGCCCAGCAACAGAGACAGUCACAAGAUGCCUCAGCUGCACAUGGGCAAAAUAACAUUUCUGCCAACUCAUGGAGAGCAAACCCCAUGGUUUUUUUUUCCAGUUUCCUUAACACUUUCCUUAUUCCCUGGUUAAAAGUACAUGAUUUAAGCCUUAAGUAUAUGGCUUGGGUCCAGUCCACCCGAAAGAUCCUUUCUUUGUAUACGAACCUACGUGGAUGCCAAGAUCCUUUGUUGAUCGCCCUCUCUUCAUCCCAUCAACUUCAGAGCAGCAGUUUGUUCAUUAUUUCUUCAUUACAUUUGUACCUUACCUUUCCUCCAAAGAGCCCAAGGUGGCGUACCUAGUUCUCCCUGCUCUUCUUUUCAUCUACACAACAGCCCUGUGAGGUAGGUUAGGCUGAGAGGCAGGGACUGGCCUAAGGUCACCCAGGGAGCUUCAUGUCUGAAUAGGGUCCCGCUGGUGGUGAUGCGAGAGAGCCAUUUGUGUGGUCGCUGCCAUAUUGUGGAAUUCCCUCCCAAGAGAGGCUAGCCUAGCUCCCUCCUUGGUAACUCUUCCUCUGGCAGCCUAUAUGACCUUCCUAUUCAAACAGACCUUUUGAAAUGGAAGUGCAGACUAUUCUGAUCUCUGGGAUGUUGUCAGGGCAAACUGCAUUUUAAUCGCUGGUUCUGAAUUCAUCCUGUUGAGUUUUUUUUUUUUUAAUGUUGGUUUUAACUGGUUUGUUUUAUAACAUAGUAUUUAUAAAGUCGUUUAACAAUUGUUGGAAGCUGCCUUGAAUCCCAACUUAGGAGAAAGGCAGGAUAUAAAUACUGAUACUAAUUCUAAUACUGUAUUCCCCUCUGUCCAGCCUCUACCUGCAGCCAUCAAUGGGAAGCACAAGAAAGAAGCCAGCAUUUUAAAUUCCAGGCUUCUCACUCACGCAUUUCACAGGCCUCAUACAAGCGAUUUUGACAAGCCACCUGUCAGUCAUGUGGCAUCAUAAAGAUGUGUGGCUGCUGGUUGUGUGGCCCCAUCCAGCUGCCCAGUUUGGUUUGCAAGGCCAGUCCUGGUAAGAAUCCAGGACAUGGAGCAAAAAGGUCUCUGCACCCCUGCUUUUAAGGGUAACUUUGCUAAAAAUAAUUUAGAUCACAGGAGGGGAAACCUUUUUUUUUUUUUUUUUUAAUUAAACCUCUGCACUGAUCUGUUUUGGGCAGAAAAACAGCUGCUUAUAAGUUCACAUAUAUUAAUGAAGAAUUCGUUUUUAAAAAUUCCUUGCUUCUUUGAGCAACAUUGCAGUAAUAUUGCACUAAUAUUAUUUAGAGGAGUUAUUCUGCAAACACCGUUUAAUCAUGCCCUGCACCUUUUCACAGAAUUCCCCCCUCCUCUCACAUGAGUGCAUAGACCCUGACUAAUCUCAGUUUGAAUCUUGUUCUCCCCUGCUUCUUUCCACCAGUAAAAUGAUCAACCUUUCUGUUCCUGACACAAUUGAUGAAAGAGUGAUCAACAAGAAAAAGCUAACACCAUUCAUAAUUCAGGUAGGGAAUCCUCCUCCAACUGGCUUUCUUUCCUCCCUCACUUCCCCAGUGGGUUAAGAUAAUGCUGGAGUUGUUCAUUGACCCAAGGGGGGUGAGGGUUUUUUUGCUUUUAAUUAUUGAAGGGGCCUCUUGUUCUGUGCUUUUGCUUUAUAGCAAAAAGUAAAAAGGUAAAGGGACCCCUGACCAUUAGGUCCAGUCGUGGCCGACUCUGGGGUUGCGGCGCUCAUCUCGCUUUAUUGGCCGAGGGAGCCGGCAUACAGCUUGCAGGUCAUGUGGCCAGCAGGACUAAGCCGCUUCUGGCGAACCAGAGCAGCGCACGGAAACGCCGUUGACCUUCCCGUCGGAGCGGUACCUAUUUAUCUACUUGCACUUUGACAUGCUUUCAAACUGCUAGGUUCGAAGUAGCUGCCUGUAAAUAUUAAUAUAGGUUAAAGAACAGGUGAAAAAACCACCACUGGGUUCGAAGUUUAUUCAAUGGAAAUGCAUUGUAGCAACAGCAUUUGGGGAGCAAUUUUUGCUUUGAGCCCUACCCCCCCCCCAAAAAAACCCCAACACCUGUUGGAUUUGUGUCUGUUUUUUCCUUAUCAGGGCCCCAAAACCUAUUUCAACAGGCAGAAAAAAGCUUUAACUGCAGUAUUUAAUGUUGCUUUCAAUGAAACAACAUUCAAUGUUAAGGAACGCUAUAUAGCUCAGUUCUGGAACAUCUGUUUUGCACACAGAAGUUACCCAGGUUUGGUCCCUAGCAUCUUCAAGGUAAAACUCAGAAAGACUCCUCAGAGAGCUUCUGCCAGUCAGUGUAGACAACACUGAACUAAAUGGACCCAGUGGCUUGACUCUGUAUAAGGCAGCUUCCUGUGCUGCAGCUUGCUAGCAUAGGGUUCAAGAUCAACAAGAAAGGAUUUUUAAAAACAACAACAACAAUGGCCUAGCAUUUUCAUUUGAACCACUGCACAAAUAGCCCCUUUGUGGGGAAAGGCAGUGGGUAAAGGAACAGCCAGGCAAUUUUGGGCUUCAGUAAUUUAGCUACAAGGGAUGCAGGUGGCACUGUGGGUUAAACCACAGAGCCUUGGGCUUGCCAAUCAGAAGGUCGGCGGUUCAAAUCCCCACGAUGGGGUGAGCUCCCAUUGCUCAUUCCCAGUUCCUGCCAACCUAGCAGUUUGAAAGCAAGUCAAAGUGCAAGUAGAUAAAUAGGUACCACUCCAGCAGGAAGGUAAACGGCGUUUCCGUGCGCUGCUCUGGUUCACCAGAAGCGGCUUAGUCAUGCUGGCCACAUGACCCGGAAGCUGUACACCGGCUCCCUCGGCCAAUAAAGCGAGAUGAGCACCGCAACCCCAGAGUCGGCCAUUCGCGACUGGACCUAAGGGUCAGGGGUCCCUUUACUAAUUUAGAUACAGUGCACCUGACCACCCAUAGAGGGGACAGCUCUUAGGCAAGAGAUAACGGUAUGAAAGGGAUCCCUUCUGACUUGAGCCCCUUCUGUCUUCAGGAAAACCUGAACUUGGCCUUGAACUCGGCCUCUGCCAUUGGGUGUCAUGUGGUCAACAUUGGAGCAGAAGAUUUGAGGGAAGGGAAGCCACAUCUGGUUCUAGGGCUUCUGUGGCAGAUCAUCAAGAUUGGCUUGUUUGCAGACAUAGAACUCAGCAGAAAUGAAGGUAAGCCAAAGGCUGCACUCUCUUCCCAUCCGGAUGACGGACUAAGAACUACCCAGCAAAAGUCCCUGCUGGACCCAGCCACCCUCUUAUUUUCCUUUGAGCAGGCCAAGUUUUGCAUUUCGUUGUCAUCACUGCUGCUGCUGUUUUGGAAAGUGGCUGGCCCCUAUUUGUGGGAGUGAGCAAGCCAGUAGGAUGCCAUGGUUAGAAUGCUGGGGUUUUUGCCACGGUUAGGGUAUCCCUAAGAUGUUUUAAGCUAUCCAGGUGCAGUCCCCAAAACUUCCCAGGUGAGACUGAGAAAUCCUCCUGCUUGAAACCCUGGAGGUCCUCUGUCAGUCAGUGUAGACUAGGUGUGGAGACCCUUUCACACUCUAGAUGUUGCUGAAGGACAGCUCUCAUCAUCCUGGGCUGGGCUUGUUGAGGCUGAUGGAAGUUGUAGUUCACAGAAUCAUAGCAUUGUAGAAUUGGUAGGGACUCCAAGGGUCCUCUAGUCCAACUCCCUGCAACACAAGGAUCACCACUAAAGCAUCCAUGGCUGAUGGCCAUUCAACCUCUGCUUAACAAUCUCCAAGAAGGAAAGUCCACAACCUCUUGGGGGAGACUGAGCUAAUAUAGACCGAUUCUAUAUAAGGCAGUUCCCUAUGAUAAGUGGAGGGUCAAAGUUGUGUUUCCUGCAGAAAGUCCCAGAUUCAGUCUAUCACAUAUCCAGGUGGAGAACUCUGGAUUCUGUAGUUGGGGACAGAAAGCAUAGCUCAACAGUGCCAGAGAAGGGCCAUAGCUCAGUGGCAGAGCACCUGAUUUGCAUGCAGCAGAUCUCAGAUUCCAUCUCCAAUGGCAUCUCCAGGUAGGGCUGGCAAUGACUCCCUGCUUGAAACUCUGGAGAGCCUCUGCCAGUCAGUGUAGGCAGUACUGAGCUAGAUGGAUCAAGGGCCUCAUUCAGUAUUAAGACAACUUACUUCCUCCCUUAACCAAAUGUGAUUGUGCCCCUUUUAAAUUAAGAUAGCUUCGUUUGGGAGGAACGAAAUGCAAACCUAGCCUCUCCCAAUGGUGCCCUCCAACAUCCAUGACCCCGUCCUUUUGUUUCAGCCUUGGCUGCCUUGCUCCGAGAUGGGGAGACUUUGGAAGACCUGAUGAAGUUGUCUCCAGAGGAGCUGCUCUUGAGGUGGGCCAACUUCCACCUGGAAAAUGCUGGGUGGCACAAGAUCAACAACUUCAGCUCAGAGAUCAAGGUAUCCGUGGGGCUGGAGACAGUGGGGUGCCUUGUCUAAGCAAUAAAGAAAUGGGCUACAACUGAAGUUCUGACUGCCUUGCAAUGAUCCCACCUUAAACAUCUGGCUACAGGCAUAGUUCUCGCUUUGUACAGAGAACAGUGGGGGAGAAUUUCACGCCCAUCUCUUCCGGGUGAGGGGUUUGCCGAGGCUGCCUGGUCUGAGGGCCCUUGAAAUCAUGUUUCAAACUUUUCAACUAGGGAGGAGCAUACCUGUGACGCUCUAGCUUUUAUGGGGCUCUCGCCUUCCCCAACCAACAUGGCCAAUGGCCAAACGGCCUUCUGUGUGCUGUUCAUGAGGCAGAAACAUUGGCAAGAUUUAAACAUAGCCUAAAGACCCAUCUAUUGAAGCAGGCAUUCCCAGACUCAACAGAUGCAUUUAUUCAUAUUCAACAUAAUAUUAAAUCAGUAGCUUCUCUGCUUUUGCCAAUGUAUUUCUUUGUAAUUUUGGUUUUAAAUGUUCAUACAUUUUUAUUUUUAUUUUUAAAAACCACUUUACUCUGCUUUAUGUAAGCCACUUGAGGAUUUUGCACAUUAAGUGGUAUAUAAAUAUUACUGAGGGUGAGGAUAAUGAAUUAUUCCUACAGAUCUUGCUGUAGCUUUGGGAGUAGGAGACACCCCCCUCCCAAAAAGCUGGAUUAUCUACUGGGGAAUAUUCCCUGGUUUUUGGAAUUGAAACUAUUUCCCACUGGUUCCCAUCUAACCACCUUACUUCUCUUCUCUCUUUCUCUCAUGCUUCCUGGAUUUCUGCUGUCCUUCUUUCGCUCUCUUGCCUUCCUUUCUCUCCCCCUCCCCUUGCUUUUAUUUUUGCAAGCUCACUGACUUCAAUAACUCUGUUAAGGUAUCAAAGCAAUGUAUACCUCCUCAGUGUUUUAACUAAUUUAAUGGUCUUGUAUUUGUCUUCUGCCUUGCAGUAGGCAAACCAAUGGCUGACUCUCUUCUUCCUCGUUUUUGGUCUGCUCCAGGACUCCAGAGCAUACUACCAUCUUCUCAACCAAAUUGCACCCAAGGGACAGAAGGAAGGGGAGCCGCAAAUCGAUAUCAACAUGUCUGGCUUCAGUGUAAGUCAUCCCCAUUCUUGGGCUGCUACAAAUCUCUUGAACAUCGGGACAUUAUAGUUGCCUGGCUUUUGGUUAAUUUAAAACACCAGAUGCUGUUGAAAGAAAGUGGCACCUUCCCACUGAAUUUUGCAUGGGCAGCCCCAUGUAGAACCCAGGUCUUCUCCAUGCAUAGCAGUUGCUUUAUAGCCCUUCCCCUACCAUACAAAGCUGCCUUAUACUGAUUCAGACUGUUGGUCCAUCUGGCUCACUAUUGCCUACACUGACUUGCAGUCUCCAGAGUUUUAGGCUUUGCAGCACUACUUGGAGAUGCUGGGGACUGAACCUUCAUGCAAGGCAAGUGUCCUAACACUGAGCUGUGGACCUCCCCCACCCCAGCUUGUUUUGUUGGUGGUGGGUGGUGAGGAGGGCGAGCCCUGAACAUGUGGGAUUGGGCGAUCAGUCUGCUAAUCAUCACUGCCCUGUGAUGCGGUUGAAGAAGGUCCUCUUGAUAGUUCAUGGUGCUAUCCCUGCUUUUCCAGGAGAAAGACGACUUGAAGAGGGCUGAGUGCAUGCUUCAGCAGGCAGACAGACUGGGCUGCCGGCAGUUUGUCACCCCAGCGGACGUUGUGAGUGGCAACCCCAAACUGAACUUGGCUUUCGUGGCCAACUUGUUCAACAAGUACCCGGCACUCACCAAGCCUGAAAACCAGGACAUUGACUGGACACUGCUGGAAGGUAAGGAAGGGCUGCAUUUCCUCUCCAGCGUUCUUGUUGGAGGGAAGAGGGUAGUGUGUGUGUGUGUGUUGCAGAGGUGGACAGCUGCAGGUGCUUUUCUCUCUCCUGCACUCAAAGAAUUAGCCAUGCACAUUUCCUUAUGUUCAGAAGUUAUGCAGGGGGCAACUGGGAAGAAGACAUUUCCUGGAGACUCACAUGGUGUGUUCACAACUCUCUCUCUCUCAGAACCCAUGCUGCCCUGUUCUGCCCAAGCUUUGCAGAUUUUUAAGGAUUAAAUGGAUUUUUUCUCGUAUACUUGGAUAACUUUAAUUUUCGCUGUGGUUGCAUUAAAAGUUUUCUGAUAUUUAACUUUUUAAGCUGCCUUCAGUGUUGUUGUUGUUUUGUAAAAGGGGCACCUAAUUUCCUGUCUGUCUCACCCCCCCUUAACUUAGGUGAGACCCGAGAAGAAAGAACAUUUCGCAACUGGAUGAACUCUCUUGGCGUGAACCCCCAUGUGAACCAUCUCUACGGGUAAGUAGCAGGCUCACUGCCUGCCUUGUUUGGAGCAAUCAGUUUCUGAUACAUAGAAGGGGAGCGCCUAUUGUCCCUGACCAUUGGGCUUGCUGGCUGGUGGUGAUGAAGUCCUUCUGCAUCUGGGGAGCCACAGAGGGUUUUCAUCCCUGCUGGAACCUACAGGUGACUCUACACAUGUGGGGGUUAUUUUCUGGGGCCCUGUGCAUGAAAUCGUGUAAAAUGGGGAGCACCCCCUAAAUGCCCUUUCAUCGCCCUCUCUGCCACUUCCUCUUCAAUCCUUACCAAAAAUACUGUAUCCAAAAAUAUCCACAACUAGAAUUGAAGCUCUAGGGAGAAAGCCGCUGCUGCUGUGCUGCCCCACACACCGGUUGUUAGGCGGGGAGGUCGAGCAGUGUAAACAAAGCCUCCCGAGGAUGUGGACAGGCUGCUUGGAUGCGUGAAACCAACCACCUAUCUCCUUGAUCCUUGCCCAUCCUGGCUUAUAAAAGCUAGCCGGGAAGGGCUGGGCGAUGGGCUUCGUGGGGUGGUGAAUGCUUCCCUCCGUGAGGGAGCCUUCCCAGACCCCCUGAAAGAGGCGGUUAUUAAACCGCUUCUUAAAAAAACCAUCUUUAGAUGCGGCCACGAUAGCCAACUAUCACCCAGUCUCAAAUCUUCCAUUCUUGGGCAAGGUGAUUGAGCGAGUGGUUGCUGAACAAGUCCAGGCACGCCUGGAAGAAGCGGACCAUUUGGAUCCCUUCCAGUCGGGAUUCAGGCCUCACCACGGGACUGAAACUGCCUUGGUCGUGCUGGUCAAUGAUCUCUGGCGGGCUAGGGACAAAGGUGAGAGCUGUUUCCUAGUUCUGCUGGAUCUCUCAGAGGCUUUUGACACCAUUGACCAUAACAUCCUUGUGGACCGUCUUGAGGGGCUGGGAGCUGGGGGCACUGUUAUACAGUGGUUUCGCUCCUUCCUCCUGGGCCGUGUUCAGAAAGUGGUGGGGGGGGAUGAGUGUUCAGACCCCUGGGCCCUCACUUGUGGGGUGCCUCAGGGUUCUGUCCUCUCCCCCAUGCUUUUCAACAUCUACAUGAAGCCGCUGGGAGAGAUCAUGAGGGGAUUUGGGCUGGGUGUUCAUCAGUAUGCGGAUGAUACCCAGCUCUACCUCUCUUUCAAAUCAGAACCAGUGAAGGCAGUGAAGGUCCUGUGUGAGUGCCUGGAGGCGGUUGGAGGUUGGAUGGCGGCUAACAGAUUGAGGUUGAAUCCUGACAAGACAGAAGUACUGUUUUUGGGGGACAGGAGGUGGGCAGGUGUGGAGGAUUCCCUGGUCCUGAAUGGGGUAACUGUGCCCCUGAAGGACCAGGUGCGCAGCCUGGGAGUCAUUUUGGACUCACAGCUGUCCAUGGAGGCACAGGUCAAAUCUGUGUCCAGGGCAGCUGUUUACCAGCUCCAUCUGGUACGCAGGCUGAGACCCUAUCUGCCUGCGGACCGCCUCGCCAGAGUGGUGCAUGCUCUGGUUAUCUCCCGCUUGGAUUACUGCAAUGCGCUCUACGUGGGGCUACCUUUGAAGGUGACCCGGAAACUACAACUAAUCCAGAACGCGGCAGCUAGACUGGUGACUGGGAGCGGCUGCAGAGACCACAUAACACCGGUCUUGAAAGACCUACAUUGGCUCCCAAUACGUUUCCGAGCACAAUUCAAAGUGUUGGUGCUGACCUUUAAAGCCCUAAACGGCCUUGGUCCAGUAUAUCUGAAGGAGCGUCUCCACCCCCAUCGUUCUACCCGGACACUGAGGUCCAGCACCGAGGGCCUUCUGGCGGUUCCCUCACUGCGAGAAGCCAAGUUACAGGGAACCAGGCAGAGGGCCUUCUCGGUAGUGGCGCCUUCCCUGUGGAACACCCUCCCACCAGAUGUCAAAGAGAACAACAACUACCAGGCUUUUAGAAGACAUCUGAAGGCAGCCCUGUUUCGGGAAGUUUUUAAUGUUUGAUGUAUUAUAGUAUUUUAAUAUUAUUUUGGAAGCCGCCCAGAGUGGCCGGGGAAGCCCAGCCAGAUGGGCGGGGUAUAAAUAAUAAAUUACUAUUAUUAUUAUUAUUAUCAGUGCCUCCAGUCUCUUCGGGGCUUCCUCCUUCCUCACAUGUCCUUUUUGCGCUCUGGGGAGGGUCUCUUCAUGAGCCACGAAGACUCCAGCUCUCGCCCACCUUUUCUGGGUUUGAAUUGAACUAUUUAAUUAUUUCCUGGCACUGCGGGUAUGCCCAGUUGUGUGUGAGUCGAAUGCAUGUAACUCCGGCGGGGGUUGUGUCUGUAUUUUAAAUAUUGAGCUGGUUUUGCUUUAAAAAGAAAAUGUCCCAUGUGGCAAAAACACAUUAACUAUUAAUUGAUGCUCUCUGUUUCCAGUGAUCUGCAGGAUGCAUUGGUCAUCUUGCAGCUCUAUGAAAAGAUAAAAGUUCCCGUUGACUGGAGUAAGGUCAACAAGCCCCCGUACCCAAAGCUUGGAGCAAACAUGAAAAAGGUAAUGAUGCCUGCUGGAGGCGCUGCUGCUUAGAAACGGUUUUGUACAAAUUCAGGGUUCAGAUUCAGUUCACAUCACAGGCGGACAGAGCCUGCUGCCUCCCCCACCUCCCCAGCUUGCAUAAUUGUGUUCUACAGCACACAGAACACCUGGCAGCCGUGCCUGGCAGGAGUAGAUUCUUCCCAGGAAGGUUUGCCCGUAAUUGCUGUUUCCAUGGAGGAAGGGAACGGAAGGGCUGUAACUCAGCAGAAGAGCAUCUGCUUUUUCAGUGGUGGUUCCCCAAUUUGUGGAAUGCCUUUGCUAGUGAGGUGCACCUGUCUCCAUUAUUCUUAACAUUCAGGAGGAAUUAAAAAACUUACUUUCUUACUCAGGCAUUUGGGAGCUGGGGAAUAUUGUUCCAAGUAACCCCAAGAUUUUCCUAUUUAUUCAUGGAAUCUGUAUCCCUCCUUUUUCUCCAAGGAGCUCAAAGUGUCAUGCAUUGUUCUCCUCCUCCUUGUUUUAACCCCCACAGCAACCCUGUGCGGUAGAUUAGGCUGAGAGGCAGUGACUGGCCCCCAAAAUCACCAUGUGAGAGCUUCGUGGCCGAGUGGGGAUUAGAACCCUGGUCUCCCAGGUCCUAGCCUGACACACUUAACUGCAAUACAACUCCAUUUCUGCCCAGGUGGGACUGCACCAUAGUAGGCUAGCUGGAUUGCAUCAGUAUAAGGCACAUCACACAAUCUAACCUUUCUCUCUCUCUCUCUCUCUCUCUCUCUCUCUCUCUCUCUCUCCCUCUCCACAAUUUCCCCCUUUCCCCACGAGCAGCUGGAAAAUUGCAAUUAUGCCGUCGACCUAGGGAAGCAUCCGGCAAAGUUCUCCCUGGUUGGCAUUGGCGGGCAAGACCUCAAUGAUGGCAACCCAACUCUCACGCUGGCUGUAGUGUGGCAGGUGAUGAGAAGGUAUCAUUGAGCUUUAGUUUUUGACGUGUGCAAAUGCUUCCUUGCAGGACGAAGGCCUUGGUGUGGGCUGCCCACAGGGCUUCCACUGUGGGCAAAUGUUUCAGAAAAGGCUUGGUGCCUUUUGUGUCUGGUGUGGUUGCUUUUGCUGUUGUUAACCCAGCUUCUGCUGUCACACGGAAAAACAAAGAAGGUCCACUGGGGCAGCUUCUUUCUCCCCCCCCCCCCUUUUUUUUAAGGAAAAGGGAAAUAAAAAAUUGUUUGCUUAUUCAUGUGGAAAAUUAGGGUCUGGAAAGAAUUUGAAGCCCCAGCUAUAAGGGAAUGACUAUGGAAAUGUCUUGAAUUAGGAAAAAUUGACAAAUCAAGAGUUGACAACCCCACAGCAUAUUGAGGGCGCCCCCUCCUGAUUUAGCCCAGGGCUGCAACUCUUGUCCCUGAUUAUCCUAGGAAGGCUUCUGAGAAGUUUUUUCUUUCUCAUUAGCCACCUUUUCACUGCUAAACCCCAAGCAGGUUAUUUUAUUUGGAAGCUCUCCUCUGUCUUUUGUGAUGAACAAUAAUAUCUCCCUUUUCCUGCUCCUAGAUAUACUCUGAACGUCCUAGAGGAUCUUGGAGAUGGUCAGAAGGCAAAUGAUGACAUUAUCGUAAGCUGGGUAAACAAGACCUUGGCAGAAGCUGGGAAAUCGAGCUCUAUCCAGAGCUUUAAGGUGCAAAGCAUUCCUCUCUCUUUCUUUUAAAAUGGGUAUUGGAUUUCUUGCCUUUAUUCUAGCAUAAAUAUUCCUGAAAUGGUGCAGCCUGGUAUUUUUAGGUUGGUGUGUCUGUAGCCACAUUCUGGGCCUGAGGCCUGCAUAAGUAGCCAUCCUGACAGGGAAAAACAGGAGGCUUCUCUUGUGGAAUAAUUUUCCCCAUGCAGACACCUCUCUGACAGUGAGCAGUUUGCUAGCUUCUUCUAAAUCUUCCAUCAUCCACAAAAAACUUAGGCCUUGUUCUAACUGAAGUCUGUGAGACUUCAGGCUGUCAUUAGUAUCUGGGUGUGAGCUGCUGCCGUGAGUUCUUGUUUCUCCAUUUUAACAUCUCCCUGCUUGUAGAUAAGGAGGCUACGCUCAAACUAUCCUCUGUGACAUGCUAUUGCUCUUUAUUUAUUUAUGGAGGUGCAGUCCACCGAUUGAGUGGCCACCACCUGCAGUCUGGUUCACCCAAGACAUAGUUCCGCACGGUUCUCAAUGCUACAGGGCUGCACUAGUGCUGAUCCUAACUCAGGGUAAACUGAUUGAAAUUAAUGGGCGUGGCUAACCGAGAUGGUUUAAUUUCACUGGAACUGCACUUGAGUGAGCAGCUGGACUUAGCUGGAUGCAGCCUGUAGAUACUGAAUAUCAGCAGGGCUUCCUUUCAGCCAGAACUCGCCAGAUCUCAGCUCCAGUUCCUUUCUGGUGGGUGCCAUUGUCAUUCUAAGAGAACAAGGGAGAUAUUCAUGGGGAGUUCUGGCACCUCUUUUUCUAGAAAAACAGCACUGAAUAUCAGGUUGUAUGGCAGAUUCUUAGAGAUGAUUAAACACCCACAAGAGAUUUUUGUAGAUCUCAAGAAAGAAAUAUUGAUUCUUCCCAAGUGUAAGAGCUGCUGUUUGUUCCAUUUCAUUGGUUUUUCCCUUGUGUGGAGGACUCCCUGGUCCUGAAUGGGGUAACUGUGCCCCUGAAGGACCAGAUGCGCAGCCUGGGAGUCAUUCUGGAUUCACAGCUGUCCAUGGAGGCACAGGUCAAUUCUGCGUCCAGGGCAGCUGUUUAUCAGCUUCAUCUGGUACACAGGCUGAGACCCUCCCUGCCCGCGGACUGUCUUGCCAGAGUGGUGCAUGCUCUAGUUAUCUCUUGCUUGGACUACAGCAAUGCACUCUACGUGGGGCUACCUUUGAAGGUGACCCGGAAAGUGCAAUUAAUCCAGAAUGCGGCAGCUAGACUGGUGACUGGGAGUGACCGCCGGGACCACAUAACACCGGUCCUGAGAGAUCUGCAUUGGCUCCCAGUACAUUUCUGAGCACAAUUCAAAGUGUUGGUGCUGACCUUUAAAGCCCUAAACGGCCUCGGGCCUGUAUACCUGAAGGAGCGUCUCCACCCCCAUUGUUCAGCCCGGCCACUGAGGUCCAGCGCCAAGGGCCUUCUGGUGGUUCCCUCGCUGUGAGAAGCCAAGUUACAGGGAACCAGGCAGAGGGUCUUCUCAGUAGUGGCACCCACCCUGUGGAACGCCCUCCCACCAGAUGUCAAAGAGAAAAACAACUACCAGAUUUUUAGAAGACAUCUGAAGGCAGCCCUGUUUAGGGAAGCUUUUAAUGUUUAACAGAUUAUUGUAUUUUAAUAUUUGUUGGCAGCUGCCCAGAGUGGCUGGGGAAACCCAGCCAGAUGGGCGGGGUAUAAAUAAUACAUUAUUAUUAUUAUUAUUAUUAUUAUUAUUAUUAUUAUUAUACAGUUCAACUGUGUGUGUUCUGUGUAUGAAUUGUCUGUCACCUGCUUCCUCAAAUUUUAAAUUACGUUAACAUACUGCCCCCCUUCUCUCAUCUAGGACAAGAGUAUUAGUAGCAGCUUAGCCGUUGUGGACUUAAUUGAUGCCAUUCAACCUGGCUGUAUAAAUUAUGAUCUUGUGAAGACAGGAGAUCUGUCAGAGGAAGAUAAACACAGUAAUGCCAAGUAAGCCUCUUUCCUUCUUCUUCAGUGUCCUAUUUUUUUAGCAUUCUACCAAUGUAUUCUCAUUUGAAACUCUGGCUCCAGGUCUAGUGUGCAGACCUCAUAGUCCAAAAACAUAUGCUGAUCCCAGAAUUUUUGCUUUCAGGAUUCCACAUUUAAAGCACAUGACUCCCUACAAAGAAUCCUAGUUGAACUGCGGAACUCACUCCCACAGGAGGCAGUGAGGGUCGCCAACUAGGUGGCUUUAAAAGGGGAAUUUGGCAAAUUCACAGAGAAAUUUGGAGCUGUCCGUGGCUACUAGCCGUGGUGCUCAGUCUCCCACUUGGGUGCAGCAGUGCUUCUGAAUGCCAGUUGCUGGAAGCAGCAGGAGGGGAAGGGGCUCUUGCGAUCGGGUCUUGUUUGUGUUCUUCCUCCCAACGGGGUACCUGGUUAGCCACUGUAAGAACAGGACGCACGACUAGAAGGGCCUUUGGCCUGAUCCAGAAGGGGUCUUCUUCUGUAAUUUGUUGUGGUUACUGGGAAUUGUAGACCUGUGAAGGGGAAACUACAAUUCCAAGGAUUCCUAGGAGGGUGAAAUCAUGUGCUUUAAAUGUGUGCUGGAUGUGCUUUCAUGUAUGUUGUGGAUCUGCCCAUAGUUGGUAAAAUGGGGAAAACUAUUCUUUGACAGUCUCAGACCCCCAGGGCCAGAUUUAGGUUUGAUGAGGCCGUAAGCUACUGAAGGUAAUGGAGCCCUUUAUAUGUCCAGCUGUCCUUUGUCAACAACAAAUUGUCACUGUUUUUUGUGUUGAAUAUAUGCUAUAUGGUAAUUGAUGGACCUAAUAGGUAUCUAAAGCCAUUUGCACAUAACAAAUAGGAGCCUACACAACACAAAACACUGUUGCUGUAUGUAGGUUUUAUUUUAUUCAUUUUUUAUCUUAUAUUUUGGAAAUGUACAUCCAGGGGUUUUUUUGUUUAAUUUUUUUGGGUGGCCCCCAAGAGAGUGGGGCCCUAAGCUAUAGCUUGUUUAGCUUAUACAUAAAUCCGGCACUGCAGACCCCACAUGUUUGGGUGUAGAUCUCUUCCUCCUCCUCCAUUGUUGUCAAGUGGCAAAAGGGUUCAAGACACCUGACAUCCCUUCAUUUGCUCCUAGGUAUGCCGUGUCAAUGGCUAGGAGAAUCGGGGCCCGUGUGUAUGCUCUCCCCGAGGACCUGGUGGAGGUGAAACCCAAGAUGGUAAUGACAGUGUUUGCUUGCUUGAUGGGCCGAGGAAUGAAGAGAGUUUAA